AUGUCGAGACAGUUCACAACAAAAUCGGCUGAGACUCAAGGAGUCUUCUCAACCCUCUCUUGCGCUACGUCCGACACGGAGUGCGAUACAGACUCCGAGACGCUUUUCGACUCCGACGACGACUCCGACGACGACGACGAGCUAAGGCAACAAGAAAAAGUCCUACCACAAUACCACAUCAUCGGCAUACUAGUAGCAUGGCAACCCGAUAAAGACUUCAUCGCCUCCUAUCCCGCACAAAUCAUCGGAACCACGGUCAUGGAUGAGGGUGUCGAGGUCAAUCCAAUCGUCUACAGCUGGGGUGAUGUAGCGAACUUGCGCCGCGAAGUGAGGGGCAGGUCGGGCAAAGCAGCCCGGGAGAAGUUGCUGGUUAACCCUGUUAGUAUUUUUGACGGGUUGGGGCCGUGGGAGAAGGAGUGGGAUGAUAUGUGUGGGUGUGAGGGGAGUGAGGACUGUUCGCGUAUCGAUGACGGGGAUGAGGAUGAGAAUGUGGGUUCGGAAAUCAUCAUGGAAGAUGUAGGCAGCUUUGCCGGGGGCACUGUCUGCGAUGAAGAGGACGAAGAUGGCGACUCUGUCAUGGAUGUUGACGAGAAGGUGGGCGUCGAGCCUUGUGUUGGCAUGGAGUAUGUUUGGCAGGCUUAA